AUGGAUCACAACUCUCAGGCCAUCUCCGCAGCCGCGUCGACUGUGUUCUUGCUGUUAUCGCCAUUUCGGCUGUGGAAACUGCGCCAAGAAUCGAUCAAAGUUGUGCCAGGCCAUCGGGGAUAUGUGACACUUGUAAUUGCAGUCUUGCUGGCCCUGGUGCAGAUUUUCUUUGGCGGUACACGAGUUUCGCUGGUAAGUGAGUUCGACAUCGGCCAGUUUGCCGCGACUGCCUCGUUUGUGGCAUGCAUACUACUUUGCCCUCUGCUGUUCUUGGAGCACUCUCGCUCGGUCAAACCAUCUGAUCUUGGAAUCAUCUAUCUGCUCGUAUCCUCGGCAUGUGACGCUACCGAAUUCUGGUUGGCUUAUGAAGGCGGCAAACUAUACAACGACGAUGCUCUGUAUAUAAGCGUAGCCAACCUGGCACUGAAGCUUGUGCUCAUCUUCGCCGGAAGCCGCGGCAAGGCAUCGAUCCUGCGCAACACUGGCGAACAAUCGUCUCCAGAAGAAGUGUGUGGCGUGCUCAGCAGAACCUUCUUCUGGUGGAUCAACCCGAUCCUCGCCCGAGGAAACAAAUUCGUCCUCUCCAUAGAUAGUCUUCCUUCGUUGCACACCGAGCUUUCAUCGGAGGUGCUUAGACGUCGGGCCCUGAAAUGUUGGGAUCAGCGAGUCAAGCCAGAGACCAAGAUCACCUUACCUCGCGUCUUAGUUAGCAGCCUCUGGUCGCACUUCCUGGCCCCGAUUAUCCCCCGACUUUCACUCAUUAUCUUCCGCUAUGCCCAACCAGUCUUGAUCAGUACGGUAAUCCGAUAUCUGAAUUCGUCAUCUGUCGAGUCUUCGCAAACUGGCUAUCAAUUGAUAGUCAUGGCUUCAAUUGUUUACAUCGGCCUGGCUGUUUCCAGCGCUCUUUACUUUAAUCGCUUGAACCGACUUCAGGUCAUGAUUCGAGGAGCGUUGGUUGGUCUCAUCAACAGCAAGUCAUUGACCCAGCAAUCAGUAGGCUACGAUGAUGCCAGGGCCAUCACGUUGAUGAGCACCGACGCAGAAAAUGUUGGGCAAAGCGCACGACAGUUUCACGAAACUUGGGCGCAGAUUAUUGAGGUUUUGAUCGGUACAGUGAUGUUGGCCCGACAGGUUGGCUGGGCUUGUGUGGUACCCUUUGUCAUGAUCUUCUUCUGCUCCCGCAUGAGUAAAUAUCUUGCUCAGAACCUUCAAAGCAAGCAGAAGGACUGGAACGAAGCUACGCAAAAGCGCCUUGCCAUGACAACUUCGAUGCUGUCCUCGAUGAAGGGGUUGAAAAUGCUUGGGGUGACUAACUAUGCCGCUGGGCUAGUCCAACAUCUCAGAAAACAGGAGUUAGAAAUGGCCAGUCGUGUCCGAUGGAUGAUGGUGGCUUACAACGCUAGCGCCAAUGCUUUGGGUCUUUUCGCUCCCAUAAUUACCCUAGUGGUCUUCGUCAUUGUUGCUAGUAUCAACAAGAAGGGCCAGUACCUUGAUACUGAAACCGCCUUUACCACAACAGCCCUUCUUGGAUUGGUAACGCACCCGGCAAACAUGAUCAUGACGAUUAUUCCACAGGCUGUGGGGUCGCUCGCUGGCUUCCAGAGGAUUCAAGAUUAUCUGCUGCAGCCUCCUCGAAGUGACAGCAGAGUCUUGUUGAGAGAGUCUGACGACGCAACGACCGAAGCUGCGCCAGCAAUUGUUAUCCAGCGCGUGGUUAUUCAACCCAAUGCCUCAAAGCCUCCGAUUGUCAGCAACGUCGACGUCGAAGUUGCUCGUGGCUCAUUAGUUAUGUGCUCUGGUCCUGUGGGGUGCGGGAAGUCGGCGCUGGCCAAGGCUCUGAUAGGCGAGAUCCCAAUCAGCAGCGGAACAAUCUCAUUGUCUUCCAAGCGCAUUGGAUACUGUGCACAGUCACCUUGGUUGCCAGGAGGCACAUUUAAGGAGGCCAUUUGUGGGCUUCUGCCGGAGGACCAAAGCUGGUACGAAGAGGUGAUCCAACUCUGCUGCUUGAAGGAAGACCUCGUAGCUCUCUCUACUGGAGACCAAACCAUGAUCGGAAGUCGCGGUUUGAAUUUAUCUGGGGGACAAAGACAACGCGUGGCUCUUGCGCGUGCUCUGUACGCGCGUUGCGACAUCAUGCUUCUGGAUGACAGCUUCAGCGCACUGGACGGUAAAACGGAACGUCAAAUCGUUGACAACCUCAUCGGUUCAGAAGGAUACUUCAAAAAGGCAGGGGUUACCGCCUUUAUCAUUACAAACUCGACAUCGUACUUUAAGUUGGCUGACCAACUGCUGAUCCUCGGCAAUGGCUCCGUGGCCUACAAAGGUACCUGGGAUGAUUUAGCUCAAAAGCCCGGAGAGAUUCUCAAGUUCAAUAAUGACGAAAGCCAUGAUCAAAACUCGGUGCAAGAGGUCAAGAUGGACAAGACCGUACUGAAACAGAAGCUGAAAGUAGAAGAAGGCAUCUUUGACUUGAGCCGAGCGGCCGGUGACUUUUCGCUUUAUGACUAUUACAUUACAGCGGUAAAGCUUCGAAACCUUCUACUUCUGUUGCUGUGCACAGCUGGAAAUGCUUUCUUUGCGACGUUUCCGCAGUACUGGCUGCAGAAGUGGACUUCAGCACCUAAUUCAGAGACCUGGUUCUACGCCGGAGGUUAUGUCUUAUGCUCAUUUCUCGCAUGGUGUUCCACCAACGGUUCCAUGUCUUCCACAUGGCUCUUGAUAGCUCCAUACUCCGGCAUGGAGCUCCACCGGCGACUUCUGGGAACCGUGAUUGAUGCACCAUUGUCCUUCUUCUCAAACACUGACAUAGGUGUUACUCUCAACCGCUCUCGCCUAAAGAACCUCGAAGAACAGACGCCAAAAGAAGAUAAACCAGGCGAAGACUAUGUUCCCGAGCUGUCGUGGCCUUCAGCUGGAGUAGUCGAGAUCAACGACGUGACAGUGGCUUACAAUUCUGAGGCCGUUGCUCUGCAAAAUUUCACUGUCAAAGUUUCUGGUGGCCAGCAACUUGUCAUCUGCGGUCGCACGGGAAGCGGAAAGAGCACUUUGUUGCUGGCACUUCUCCGCCUGCUGGAUGUCAGUUCUGGAAGUAUUAAAGUGGACGGAGUCGACCUAAGCUUAGUCCCACGUUCAUUGAUUAGAGAAGCCUGCUUCAUCACUGUCUGCCAGGACCCUUUCAUUCUAGACCAAAGCAGCCUUCGCUUCAAUCUCAACCCCAUAUCCAUGGUGGGAUGGCGCGGCCUCGCCGAUGUCCUUAUCAUCGAUGCUCUCCAGCGGACUGGUUUAUGGUCUCACUUCAAAUCGGGCGAGUCUGAGAUUACUCCCUCGGAGGCCAAGGACAUCCUGGAUACCUCUAUGUCAUCUCUACCUCAAAUGUCUACCGGUCAAACACAACUGUUUUCACUUUCAAGAGCAAUCCUCCAAAAGUCGAUUGGCGCUGCUGAGGCCUCUGUGUUGAGUGGACAGCUUCUCGGAAAGAAGAUUCUUCUCCUUGAUGAGGCUACAGCUUCGCUGGAUCCCGACACCGAGACUGUCAUGAGCCGCAUCAUUCACGAAGAGUUUACCGCAAAGGGACACACGGUCAUCGCCAUCUCGCACAGACUUGGCGGGUUAGCCGAGAAUAUGCGGGAGGGCCAGGACGCGGUUGCCUUAUUGUCAAACGGGAGGAUCGACAAGAUUGGGAGUGUGCAUGAAGUGCUGGGUUCUGCGGCCCUGGGAACUUGA